GGGGGCGGGGUGCCUCGGCCGGACCCGCCCACACCCGCCUCGCGCCCAACCACGCGUCGGUUCUCUCUUUCUCCGCCAACGAGCCGACCCGCGUGCCCAUUAGGGAGGAGCCGCGGCCAGGCGGGCCAAUGGCGGGGCGGCGGCGGGCGUCUCCGCCGGCGGGCAGCAGGCCAAUGAGCAUCGCCCGGGGAUAAUGGUGGCCGGGUUUUCAUUAGUGGUACAAAUGGUGUGAAAUGGUGAUGUGAUGACGGUGAUGCCAGACGCCCGUCGCACUCCGCCGCCGCCACACACGCCCGUGCCCGCCGCCACGCCCGCACACUGCUCCGCUCCAGCCCGCCGCCUCGCGACCGUCCGCCGCUCCCCGCGCAACGCCUCUACCGUGCCCGCCGCCAGGCACCCGCCACCUGUAGGGACCCAUCUGACCUUGCGUGCCCGGUGCCCCGGCUGGCCAGGCUGUGUCAGCGGGUGAUGGUGGGGGAGAGUGGCGGCAGAUAUCCCUGGCCACAAAACUGACUUUAGUUUCCAUUUCUAUUGCACUACAACCACCGCCGUCACCACCGCCACCAGCGUCGCCAGCGCCGCCGCCACGAUGGCGAGCAGUGAGAGAAAGUCGUUCUGUAUAGAAUCGCUGUUGUCGCGCGAAGUGGCGGAGGGCGGCGGGCGGCGCGCCCUCAGCCCCGCUACCCUCACCUUCUCCCACGAGGCCGGCAGCUCCCCCGGGCCAUCGCCGCCCCACAGCCCGCAGCCGCCGCCUCAUUCCCUGGCCUCCCCCGCGUUGCUGGGCCGCGCCUCGGGGGUGCUGGGGACAGGCACGGUGCCCUUGAUGCCCCCACACCUCUACCAGUACCCUGUUCCUCCUGCCCUUUUCCCCGCCGCUGCCUUCCCCCCGGGGUCAGGCUCGCCUCUGCUAGACGCCCAGGCCCUCUCCGCCCUCAAGAACGGUGCCGCCGCCCUCCCGCCCGCCGCCCUGGACUGGUUCGCCCGGGCGGGCCUCAUGUACCCGCGGCUGCACCCUGACCUGGCCGAUGUGGUUCCCAGGAUCUCGGCUGACAACUUUUAUUACAGCAUGGGCCAACACAGUCUGCUGGGCAAGACGCGCCGGCCCCGCACCGCCUUCACCUCGCAGCAGCUUCUGGAACUCGAGAAACACUUCCGCGAGAACAAGUACCUGUCGCGGCCCAAGAGGUUCGAGGUGGCCACGAGUCUUAUGCUGACCGAAACGCAGGUCAAAAUAUGGUUCCAGAAUCGACGGAUGAAGUGGAAACGGAGCAAGAAGGCGCUGACGGACACGCGCAAGGAGGGCAGGAAGGACGGCAAGGAGAAUUCUGGGGGUAAGGAGGAGCGAGGGGCGGGGACAGGCGGCGGCGGAGCGGGGGGUAAAGAAUCCAGCUCUGGGGAUGCUGUGGUGACGACCGCCCAUGACACCACCCUCAGCAGCGCCGUGGAGUCCGAGGACGAGAUCGACGUGCAGGACGAUAGCGUGGUGGGCGAGGAGGGCGUGGCGGCGGUGGCGGUGGGCGGCGGCAGGAGCGAGGAAGCCAUGUCCCCCGGCAGCCCCUCACAGCCUGCCGAGUCCUCGUCCUCCGCCGCCCCGUCCCCUGACCCGCGACGCUACGAGGUCAUGUAUGACGCCCUGCCCCCCCACCCUCACCCCACACACCCAGCCCUCCACGUGGUGCCGCCCCCCCAGGCACCCCCCACCGUCACGUCCUCGUCCGGGGGCUCCUCUGUGUUCUCGGGGCAGUACCAGCACGUGCCGCUCUCCGCCGCCCUCCUCACCAAGCUGCCCCCCGAGGCGGAGCACCUCUACCGCCCCUACGUGUCGUGAGAGGCUCCUCACGCCCGCUGCUCCCGCCCCGUCGCCUCCCUUGGGCAGCUGUUGUCGCCGCCAGCCACCCCUGCAACCCUCCUUCAGCCCUUCGUCAGGCAGUGCCACCAGCCGCUACCAUGACCACUGGCAACUUUAGUACCAAAGCGCUAGCGGCAACAGCAGAAACAACAACAACAACAACACUACCCAAGCUCAUACCGUCACCAUCACCACCACCAGAGCCUCGUGACAGCCCCCCACAAGCGUCAGCCACAGGUUCAAGUGAUCGGCUCCAAAGACUAUGUUUGAAUUAUCGGCGUUACUUCAAGCCGGGGACAACAGUCGCUGAGGAGUCACCAGGCCUACAGAAUCACCAGACAAGCCCUCCGGUGAAGCUGCGAGCCAGUUCGGUGUAUAGGCAGGAAAGAGCACCUUCCCCCCCACUGCUUCCUGAGGGCACUGCAGGGGUGAUGGUCGUGCCAUAACCCUGGAUAUUGUGGGGCGUGCGAAAGCGUGUGUGCGUGUCAAAUCUACCUUAAAUUAUGAAUAAACGCAAACAAUUCAAGAGGUUUUACUGUGGAGACGAGUGCCAAUUGUUGCUACUCCGGUGAUGUGUGCAGCGGAUGUGACAUGAAUAUAUGACGCCAAGAAAAGGCUUAAGAGGUGACCCGGUUAAGAUAUGUUGAGAAAAUAGGUGGAUUACAUGGAAACACUAACUCGUCGCUAAAUAGUUUGUGUGUGUGUGUGUGUGUGUGUGUGUGUGUGUGUGUGUGUGUGUGUGUUUACGUUGUAUGGGAGUACGAGUGCAUACCUACAUCUCUGUUUGCCGGUGCAGUGAGCGAAAAAGAAGAGACUACAAGUUAUAAAGAAAAGUCAAGCACACCGCCUGCCAAAUUGAGAGAAGAGAACUUUCCCUCCAACUCCACAGAAACUGGAGCAAAAACUUCCCACUAAAAGAAAAAAAAAAAGUAAAAAAAAAACUCGAGCUGCCCUAAAUGGGAGACAAACGCGGAGGAGUAGGAGGAGCAGCGGGAGGAACGUUUACUCCGGACGAGGCUGACGGGACUGACGAGGGAGUGGCUGACAAUCCUGCUACUUCCAAGGUUACUCUUAAGGGGAAAAUAACGAGGAUUCCUAAUAACUGUACAUAAAAGAAGAAAAACUAAAGAAAAAAAGAACAUUUCAAUCUUUGUGUAUCUUGUCUUGUGCAGCGACUCGCAUAGAUGUAGCAAACAGCUUUCUCUCUCUCUCUCUCUCUCUCUCUCUCUCUCUCUCUCUCUCUCUCUCUCUCUCUCUCUCUCUCUCUCUCUCUCUCUCUCUCUCUCUCUCUCUCUCUCUCUCUCUCCGAUAACCAUUUUUUCUUGUUUUCUUUCUUCCUCUCUUCUUUUAUUUUAUUUAUUUUUGUUAUCUUUUUUAUUUCAUCUUCAUUUUGUUGUACUCUCUCUCUCUCUCUCUCUCUCUCUCUCUCUCUCUCUCUCUCUCUCUCUCUCUCUCUCUCUCUCUCUCUC